UUUGAGUAAGGGUCCUGCAGGAGGAAUGACAAGACAGCUUGAGGGGGCAUAUAGAGCUGUGGGAGUGGGAUUGGGAGUCGGGGGGUCUGGGGGUCACUGGGGCAUCCAGGAGGAGCCCCAGGAUUUGAGAUCCGGUUCCGGAACAUGUCCAGGGGCCUCCUGGCCAGGGCUGCCCUCAGUCUCCCUGGGCCAACCACACUCUUCCUCCCCAGCCCCUCACCAAGGAAGAUUCCCGAUGUCCCACCAUGUCCCUCAGCACCCCCUCUGUCCCAACAGUGUCCCCUCAGCAUCCCUUGGUGUCCUCCAAUGUCUUCCCUAUGUCACACAGUCUGUCCUCUGUGUCCCCUCUGUUUCCCGCAGUGUCCCACACUGGUCCCUGUGGCCUCUCUUCUCCAUGGUGCCCCUGGCUCAGACCCUGGCACUGCUGGCAGUGACCGUGGCCACUGCGGCCAUCACGGUGGUGCCCCUGGACAUGGCCAAGAACUCCUUUGAUGACCAGUACCUGAACUGUAGGGAUAAAAUGACUGAGAAGUUGCCAGAACUCAGGAGCUCUGAUUUCCUCAAGAAUGACAAUUUUACCCGGGCCUGGGUGAAGGCUGUGGCCGUGUUGCAGGAACGAGGUUUCAGUUCACCCACUCUGACCAAAGACCAGGCCAUCGCCCUCAUGGUCUACACAAUGGAGGACAUGUACAAGGAGUUCAAUGAAGCCGUGCGCGAGGCUGGAAACUCCAGCCAGGAAUACCGGGAUAACUUCCACUUCAAAACUCUGCAUUUCCUGCUGACCGACGCCCUCCAGAAGCUGAGAAGCCCUAAAAAGUGUCUGGACGUGUUCCGAGGGGUGAAGAGUUACCAGUUUGAGGUGAACACAGGUGCUAAAGUCCGCUUCGGUCAAUUCGCUUCGUCGUCGCUGAACAAAACGGUGGCCAAGCAUUAUGGGACUGACACGAUGUUCCAGGUGCACACGUGCCACGGCGUCGGCAUCUAUAAUUUCUCCUACAAUCCUGGGUGCCAGGAGGUGCUGAUCCCACCCUUUGAGACCUUUGAGGUCACUGAUGUCAACACAGAAGGAAGCACGAUGAACAUUGGGCUUCGCUCCACUGGGACCUUCAGCAACUACAACUGCGAGUGGCUGCGAGGUGGGAGCCUCCCCAGGAACUCCCCCCACCUUGGGGGGCUUCUCCUGGCUACCGUGGCUGUGGCAGUGGCCAUUGGAACCCUCUGAGCCACACAGCCACCAAGGUCACUGUGGUCUUGGGGGCCACUGUGGCCACCAUGAUCAUGAAGGUCACCAGGACCCCAGGAGAAAUGAGGCCACCAAGGCUAUCGAGGCCCCUGGGUACUCUCUGGCCACUGUGACCACUGUGACCACUGUGGCCAUUAUUGCCAGUGGGGUCACCAUGGUCACAGUAACAAGGCGUCCAUCCUGGAAAUGCCCCUCCAAGAGCUGCCCAGCGAGGGAGCGGUGCCAGGGCAGCAGGACCAGCACAAGGGGGGCUGCCUCACCUGAUGUAGUAAAAAAUUGCCGCUUACUCACCCGCUGUAUAAAAAAUGUAUCAAAAACUUGAUCCUUGCUCAGCUGGUGCAUCAAAAGUUUACCAAAAUUUGCUGCUGGCUCGCCUGAUGUAUCCACUACUGCUCCUUUAAUGCUUUUCCUGCAGGGCGCCACAUUUCAUAAAAUAAAGCAGUUCCUGGA